UCUCAUUGUAGGACAUUUCUCAGUACACCAGACAUCCCUCACCAAGUCCAUUUGUUUGCAUGGGCGCCAACAGGGAACAAAAUGGCCUUUGUGUGGGAAAAUGAUGUCUAUGUGAAGACCAGCCCUACUGCUAAGGCCAUACAGGUGACCUCAAACGGAAAACACAACAAAAUCUUAAAUGGCAUCCCAGAUUGGGUGUAUGAGGGUAAGCAAUACAUACAAGAAGGCAGCUGUGAAUCUUACAUACCUCUUACUAUAACUAAGGAAAUGUUCUCUUCUUACGAGGCAAUGUGGUUACCUGGAGGGAAGUAUCUGGCCUAUGCUGAGUUUAACGACACUCUGGUCCAAAACAUAGAGUAUUCCUGGUAUGGGAAGGAACAGUAUCCCGACACUGUCAUUUUCCCCUAUCCUACGCCUGGUACUCCCAAGCCAGUGGUGAAGCUGUGUGUGUAUGACACUACAAACAUAUCAAACAUCACAGAAGUUGUUGUGCCAGCUUCAGUUGGAGCAAGUGAUCACUAUUUGGCCACAGUCACCUGGGUAACGGAUGAACGCAUCGCUGUCCAGUGGCAGAAGAGGAAACAGAACGAGCUCCGCUUUCAGAUCUACGACUUCAACACAGUCGGAAACACCUGGAUCCAGAAUGCGUUAGAGGUCCUGGACUACCUCUGUAUACUCUCAGGGACAACAGGGAUGCUGGUUCAGUUCCCGACAGAUCUUUGGUACCAGAUGACCUUGCCUCCUGGAUUUGACAAAUCCAAGAAAUACCCCUUACUUAUUGAUGUGUAUGCAGGGCCUUGCAGUCAGAAAGCAGACUUCCGCUAUAGGUUAGGCUGGGCCGCAUACCUGGCGAGCACGGAGAAGGUCAUCGUCGAUGGUAGGGGAAGUGGUUACCAAGGCGAAAUGCACUCCAUCUACCGACGUCUGGGAACCUAUGAGGUGGAAGAUCAGAUAAUGGCCGCAAAGGAAUUCACCAAUAUGGGCUUUGUCGACAAAGGCAGAAGAGCAACUUGGGGUUGGUCCUAUGGAGGUUAUGUCACGUCAAUGGUUCUGGGAGCUGGGAGUGGAGUUUUCAAAUGUGGAAUGGCAGUGGCCCCAGUUUCCAAGUGGGAGUAUUAUGUUAAAUAUAUAAGUAUACAAUCUACAUUACGUUACAUGAAUCAACCUUCAGAAAAUCUUGAAUUCUACAACAACUCCACAGUGACAGCCAGAGCUAAGAACUUCAAAUCAGUGCAAUGCCUUCUGGUCCAUGGGACAGCAGACGACAAUGUCCAUUUUCAGCAAGCUGCUCAGAUCGCAGCUCUGGUUGAGGAACAAGUGGACUUUGAGGCUAUGUGGUACACGGACAAGGACCAUGGUCAUGAUGGUUCAGCCAAUCAGCAUGUCUAUACCCACAUGAGUCACUUCCUCCAGAGUUGCUUCGCCUGAUGCCAUUCGAAUGAAUGAUGCCCAACCUGAUGCUUGCCGAACGAUAACCAAACUGCCCCAAAUUCAUUUGUAAUUCACUUGGACAGCAGGUUGCCUAGCGGUUAAGACCAUUUGGCCAGUUACCAAAAGGUCGCUGGUUUGAAUCCCCAAGUCGACUAGGUGAAAAAUCUGUCGAUGUGCCCUUGAGCAAGGCACUUAACCAUAAUUGCUCAUGUUAGUAGCGCUGCAUAAGAACGUCUACUAAAUUAUGUAAAUGUAAUUGAAAGUUGUCCUAUUUUUUGAUAUAUUAAGUUGUUUGAGCCAGUACCCAAACAUACAGUCCAAAAGACUAUCCUCUCUGUCACGCCCUGGCCUUAGUAUUCUUUGUUUUCUUUAUUAUUUUAGUUAGGUCAGGGUGUGA